AUGAUCACAUUCACGCCGCUGUGCGGGGCUGUCGGUGAGUCCCAGACUUGUCCUCUGGCCUAUCUCCUACAGCUCGACGACGUCCGCGUCCUGCUCGACUGCGGCUCACCCGACUGGAGUCCAGAGGAGCGCGCAUUCACACCUGACAGCGAUCCGGAGUCUUCACCUCCCAAUUGGUCAGCUUAUUGUGACUCUCUACGUCAGUGUGCUCCUACCGUAGACCUCGUGCUUCUUUCUCAUGGCGAUCUUGCCCACUCGGGGCUUUACGCUUAUGCUUACACUCGCUGGGGCCUCAAGGCACCUGCAUACUCCACAAUUCCGGUCCAGGCCAUGGCACGAAUCGUCACACUUGAAGAUGUAGAGGGAUUACGCGAUGAACAAGACUUCGAUGAUUCAGAUCAACACCACGCCGAGUCUGGUGAACAUUUCAACCUUGCCGAGACCCAGUUAGACGGGGUUCCUUCGCCAUCAUCCCCUGGCAAGUUUGUGGCGACCGUACAAGAAGUACACGAAGCAUUCGACUCUGUGAACACCUUGCGCUACUCGCAGCCGACGCACUUGCAGGGCAAAUGUCAGGGUAUCACAAUCAUACCAUUCGCUGCUGGCCAUUCACUAGGAGGCACGAUAUGGAAGAUUCGUUCUCCCUCCGUUGGAACCAUCGUAUAUGCCGUAAAUAUGAACCAUAUGAAAGAGCGCCACCUAGACGGCACCGUUCUCUUCAGACAAUCUGCUGGUGGUAUUUUUGAACCCCUCGCACGGCCUGACCUGUUUAUCACGGAUGCCGAUCGUGCAAAUGUCACCACACCUAGACGGAAGGAUCGCGAUGCUGCUUUGAUAGACACCAUAAGUGCUACACUGUCCUCACGCUCUUCCUUAUUACUACCGUGCGAUGCAGGCCCACGUCUCUUGGAGCUCCUUGUACUUCUCGAUCAACACUGGAAGUAUGCCGACUUCCGCUACCCUAUUUGCCUCUUGUCGCGCAAUGGGAGGGAAAUGCUGACCUUCGUCCGGAGUAUGAUGGAAUGGGUUGGAGGAACAGUCAGCAAAGAAGAUGUUGGUGUGGACAGCAGUGGCAAGACAGGUGCCAGAAGACGAAGGGGUGAGGAUGAUGUAGAGGACGAAGCACUCGGAGCAUUUGCCUUACGAUUCCGGCACUUGGAGUUCUUCCUUAACUCACAGUCGCUCAUGCACACAUAUUCGUCAAAAGAACCUAAAAUUAUUCUGGCCGUCCCUGCUUCGCUGUCACAUGGCCCGUCCAGGUCACUAUUUGCGGAUUUUGCAGCCGUCCCAGACAAUGUCGUUCUGCUCACGGGCAGAGGGGAGGAGGGCACACUGUCCCGCCUGCUUUUUGACCGCUGGAACAAUUACCAGAGAGAUACUGAUAAGUGGGACCAGGGAAAAAUCGGGAGUAAUGUCAUGAUGGAUGGUGUCCUACAGCUGAAGAUGAACUCGAAAGUUCCACUACAGGGCGCUGAACUGGAAGCGUACCUUGCCAAGGAGCGUGCAGCGAAAGAAAAGGAGGCUGCUCACCAAGCCGCGAUCGUCCGUAACCAGCGUGUACUGGAAGCAGACGAAGACGAAAGUGACGAAGAGUCCGACUCCGAUUCUGAGGAGGAAGAAGUCGAACGUGCCUUGGAUGACGACGACGACGAAAUGGACAACUCAGAUCAGAAUGUCCGCCCCGGUCGGCGGAGAAAACACGACAAAUCCGAGGAUAAUGCAGAUUGGGGUGGAGAUAUGGACGACGGGCUGACAAAAACCCUGCUGUCCUUUGACAUUUACCUCAAAGGAAACGUCUCAAAGUCGAUGUCCUUCUUCAAGAGUGCCGAUGGCCCAACUCAUCGUUUCCGUAUGUUCCCUUAUGUGGACAAGAAACGGAGAGUAGACGAAUACGGUGAGACCAUUGACGUGGGCAUGUGGCUGAGGAAAGGCAAAGUGUUUGAGGAUGAUGCGGAAACUGAAGAGGUCAAAGAGGCAAAACGUAAACAAGCUGAAGAAGAGGACAAGAAUGCUAUUCGAGAACCGCCUUCGAAGUUCGUUUCCUCCGAAAUUGAAAUUCAACUAGCAUGCCGCCUUCUCUUCGUUGACAUGGAGGGUCUGAGCGAUGGGCGUGCCAUUAAAGCUAUCGUACCACAAGUAAACCCAAGGAAAAUGAUUGUCGUGCAUGCUCCUACUGCAGCUGCUAGUACCCUCAUCGAGAGCUGUGGACAAAUCCGAUCAAUGACGAGGGACAUCUAUGUGCCCUCAACAGGAGAAAGUAUACAGAUCGGUCAACACACAAAUACUUUCUCGAUAUCUAUUAGCGAUGAAUUGCUAAGCACAUUGAAGAUGUCGCGGUUCGAGGACAACGAAGUUGGCUACGUAACUGGUCGUGUGACGAAUCAUUUCAGCUUAAACAUUCCCAUUCUUGAGCCAGCAGGGUCUUUGGUACCAUCGGAAACUGCCAACGCAAGGGCUAUUGUUCCAUCAGACCGGAUUUUUGGUGCCCGAGUAGCGCAGCCCCUCCCCCGGUCUACGAUGAUCGGGGAGUUGAAGCUCACGGCUUUGAAGGCCAGACUAGCAUCUAUAGGGGUUCCUGCCGAGUUGAUCGGAGAGGGCGUGUUAAUCUGCGGCGCUGGAGCAAGACGCGACCAGACUUCAAACAAUAUUGAUGAGACCGUAGCUGUCAGGAAAACGGGGCGAGGAAAGGUCGAACUCGAGGGUAACGUUUCCAGCGUGUAUUACAUUGUACGGAGAGAGAUCUACGGUCUACAUGCACUUAUUGCUGCGUAG